GGGGAGGGGGGAGAGUUGCUCCGGCUUCGCGAGCACCAUGAGCGGGCUGCAGAACAGUGCUGCCCGAAGACAGUUUUUACUUGAGCGCUUACUGGAUGCAGUUAAACAGUGCCAGAUCCGAUUUGGAGGAAGGAAAGAGAUCGCGUCUGAUUCAGAUAGCAGAGUCACAUGCCUCUGCGCGCAGUUUGAGUCCGUCCUUCAGCAUGGUUUGAAGAGGACCCGGGGCUUAGCUUUGACCGCCGCCGCCAUCAAGCAAGUCACCGGUUUCUCCAGUAAAACGGAAAUGGAAUCCAUAUUUUGGUACUAUGUGAAAGAAGUUCUUAAUAAACACGAACUGCAACGUUUCUAUUCCCUGAGAAACAUCACUACGGAUACAGGUCGAGGCCGGGCUUGGCUACGCUGUGCUCUCAAUGAACAUUCCCUAGAAAGAUAUUUGCAUAUGUUGCUUGCAGAUAAAAACCAUCUUAGCGUCUUCUAUGAAGACUGGUCCUUCUUGAUGGACGAAGAACGAUCCAGUAUGAUUCCCACCAUGGCAGCUGGGCUGAACUCGAUUCUUUUUGCAAUCAACAUCGACAAUAAGGAUUUAAAUGGACCGAGCAAAUGCCCGCCCUCUGUCUCCGACCUUCUCAAGGAAUCCACCCAGAACGUGACCUCUUUGCUGAAGGAAUCCACCCAAGGGGUCAGCACCCUCCUCCGGGAGAUCACAUCUUCAUCUCCCGUUUCCAUGCUAAUCAAAUCGGAUCAGGAUGCUGACCUCCUACCUAUUUUAUCCAAGAGUGUCAGUGGCGAUUUAAAAUGCCGGAAAGAUCGCACGAAGAAAAAGAAGAAAGUCACAAAAAUCAUUUCGUUCGAUGAUGAAGAGGGCGUACUUUUGGGGACCCCCCUACGGGGGACAGCGGCAGGGGAAGACUCCGAAGAUGGCUGCGACAGACUGUCAGCCUCGGCAGCUUCUUCGGUAACUGAACAGAUGGAUCUUCUGCCCGGCAACCAGGAAGACACGUCGCUGAAACAUCAUUCUGAGUACCUGAACGGAGACUGCAGCUACCUGAAACUAGAUGUCAAAAGUAUAGAUGAUGAAGAGGCCGAAGAGAACGAGGAGAACCACACCAGGACAUUGAGGAACCACAGUGUGAUGGAAGACACACAGGUGCUCGCAAAACCCGCCGAAGGUGUGAUGUCCCAUUCGCUGGUUUGCACGGGGACGCCUCUACAAGUGCUGAACGAUGACACGGAUGAAUUGUUCCCAGUCAACGCUGUGGGUUCUUUCUCCCAGAGUGAAAACCUGGAAGACAGCAACGAACAUGAAAAUGCAGAUUUUUCAGUAGAAUUGACUCAGAGCAAUGCUGAAUUGCACUACAGCUCUCCUGUCCAAAAGAAUGCAUUAACCGAACUUCUGCCUUCGGAUAACGUACCAGAAUCGAUGACUGUGGAGGAACUUCGGCAAGCUAUUGUAGCUAUGAUGAACAGAAAGCAUGAACUAGAAGAACAGACCAGUUCCUUGCGGAGCCUCUUGGAGGGCGAGAUGGAACAUUCGGCGGGACUCCGUCAAGAGGUGGACAACCUGAAGAAGAAAGUUUCAGAGCACGAAGAGCAUUAUACAGUGAGGAUCCAGGCCUUGGCAAGGGAGAAUGAGGUGCUCAAAGUCCAGCUAAAGAAAUACGUCGGGGCUGUCCAGAUGUUGAAAAGAGAAGGUCAAACCAUGGACGUCUUGCCAAAUCUUUGGAACGCAGAUAGUGAAUUUUCUAUUCCCGAACAAAAGCAAGUGGAAAACAAUGAGGAACGCGCAAAUUCUUAUGAAAGGAAGCUGAUUGAGGUGGCGGAAAUGCAUGGGGAACUGAUCGAGUUCAACGAACGCCUCCAUCGUGCCUUGAUGGCCAAAGAAGCCCUGGUGACUCAGAUGAGACAAGAACUGAUCGAUCUGAGAGGACCGGUUCCUGGAGAUCUCAGUCAAACCUCUGAAGAUCAAAGCCUGUCAGAUUUUGAAAUAUCAAACCGAGCCCUUAUAAACGUCUGGAUUCCUUCAGUCUUUCUCCGUGGGAAAGCAGCAAAUGCAUUUCAUGUUUAUCAACUGUAUAUCAGGAUAAAAGACGACGAGUGGAACGUUUAUCGAAGAUACACAGAAUUCAGAGGGCUUCACCACAAGUUGCAGAUGAGAUAUCACCAAGUGCGAAGCUUUAACUUCCCACCCAAAAAAGCGAUCGGAAACAAGGAUGCAAAGUUCGUGGAGGAACGACGGAAGCAGUUGCAAAGCUACUUAAGAAACGUGAUGAACAAAGUCAUCCAGGCUCUGCCAGAAUUUAUCGCCAACCCCAAAAAAGAGACUCUCAUCCAACUGAUGCCCUUUUUCGUGGACUUCCAACCUGCAGGAGAACCUGCCACCAAAACCAACCAUCGGCGAGCAACCACCCAUUUCCCCAGGCUGUCUCGGAACCACCCCAGGGAACCCCGCAACCCGGAACCUCAAAGUGGUGACCUUUGACCUGUGGCCCCUGCAAGGACCAGCCGUUGAGUUUGCCCUGAGGAUCCAAGUCUGCGUGAGAGGACGAGAAGCAGUCAACAAUGAUGGCAUGGAAGGGAUUUCCCCCGAAAAGAUACUGCCCUGUUGAAAGACCCAUCGCCCAAUUGAACAAACCACCUUCCAAGCAGCAGUCCUUUCCCACAACAAUGAGGUGGGGGGAGGGUCUCUUUUGCCCUAGAGCAGCACUUUCUGCUCUAAGUUGUGUGGACUGCAACUCCCAGAAUUCCCCAGCCAGCCAUUCCUCAUGGAGGCUGGGGCAUUCUGGGAGUUGAAGUCCACGCAUUUUUUUAAAAAAUUUCAAGGUUGAUAAACACAGCGAGAGAGGGAGGGAGAAGG